UAGACAAGUCAUCUCUCACCAGAGGGAAAUGACAGUGGAAAAUACUUGUCACUUUAUUUGCAAGUCUGACCCUGAGAGAACAGGAUGGCAGCUCUGGUUCUUCUCUUCAUUUUCCUGAAAGUUAAUCAAGCUCAAGCCUCAUCACAGUGGACGGCUGAUGUGCCAUCUAUAGUUAGAGGCCUCCCUGGAUCCUGUGUGGUGAUUCCUUGCUCAUUUACCUACCCUGAUCCAGGGAGGACGGUCACUCAAUUCACUUCGAUUUGGCAGGAUGACAACAAUAAGCUCAUCUAUCACCCUGUUGCCUCUAAAAUCAUGGAGCAGUAUCGAGGUCGAACCAAGCAGCUGGGAGAUGUCAAACAGAAUUGUUCCCUGAAGAUUGAUCCUCUUCACCAAAGUGACAUAGGGCCUUUUCAUUUCAGGAUUGAAAUUGGAGGCUAUAACACUUAUUCUUACCUGCAGAACAAAGUCUCCAUUACAAUGAUAAGUGAACUAAAUCCCAUCAGUUUCUCUGUGGUAGAGGAGGUGGAGGAGGGUGUGAGUGUGUCUGCGUCCUGCUCUGUGUCUCAUUCCUGCCCCGACUCUCCCCCCGUCUUCACCUGGAGUCACUCUGGACAAAAACAUUUCCAAUCGCGGCAGCUUGUCGAUGGCCAGUGGCAAGCAACAUCCACGCUGACCUUUCAACCCAGCCGUGCUGAUAACAACAAGCCUUUACAAUGCACUGUAACAUACAAGGGAGGAAAGCACCAGAACACAUCCAAGGUCCUCAAAGUACAAUAUGCCCCUGUGAAUGUGAAGGUUGAAUAUAAAUUAAAUGUAAAGGAGGGAGAGGCUGUGAGGCUGAAAUGCACAAGUGAUGCUCGUCCUGCUAGCAGCUUUGAAUGGCAUAAUGCCACUGGCACUAAAGUGCACAAGGGGGACAUCUACAUGCUGAAAAAUGUCUCCAGACACAAAGGUGCCCUGUACUGUGUUGCAACCAACAAAAUGGGACAGGGCAGAUCAAGCCCUGUACAGCUCAAUGUGUCAUAUGCCCCUGAGAUUAAGACCAUUUCUUCCUGCUCCUCAGACGGGGAUAUGAUGAAGUGCAUGUGCAUUGUAGAGUCCAACCCCCCCAGCAGGGUCCAUUUUUUGCUUUCUGACAGAGUCCUGCAAAGCACCAAGUUAGAAAUCCAUGGCCAUCUCACCAUCGGGACUCUGCAGGCAAACUUGGGAUCAUUUGGAUUCAUCCAGUGUGUGGCAAACAACAUGAUGGGCAAUGCCAACAUCACACUCAUAUCAACUUUACCGGAUAAAAAUAAGAUGCUGAUUCCUUAUUUAGCCAUCGCGGGUGGAGCAGUCUUGAUUCUGAUGAUACUAAUAGCAGUGGGAGUGUUCAAUAAAUGCAGGGGGAGAUCUGAGGAUGUAUCUUCAUCUCAAAUGCACACUAUUGACGUCCCUCAGUACGCUGUAACACCAAGGAAAAAGAAGUGCCAUGAUGAUGUACAGUACCCUAGCAACGAUCACAUAUACGGUAACAUGGAGAGUGAAUGGGCUACAGAUGACGAUGCAAUAUAUGCCAAUACAUAACAUAAACAAGAACAUUGCUGAAUGCUUCAGCAGAACUGCUGCAGUGCCUCUAUGUGUCCUCUCACUGAUGUGAUGAUUAUGUUGGUGAAGAAAGUUGAAGCUGUUAUGUGCUAUGUUCUGUACAGUACAUUUUUCCUUAAUGUACAUACAUAUAUUUUAUUCAUGAUCAUUUAUGUCUGCAUGUUUCUCUGUAGUCUAGAAACAAAACUGUUUUGCAGUCACCUGCAUGGCUUGUCUCAUUAACAUUUAUAUACACGUGUGUUAUAAAGAAUCCCAGUUUGACUUGUUUAUUAUUUUACUUGCAUGUUUGAUAACUUUUGGUUUUUACAAAGUAUCAGUUAUCUAAUACCAGCACACGCUGCACAAUUUACACUGAAAUGUGCCUUUUGAAUUUCCUUAUUUGCAGUAACUUCACUUUUUACAAUGCAUUUUUUCCACUGAAUAAAAUAAUGCGUUGAAAAACACAAAACGUGUAGUGACUAUGCCCUGUACUUUUAGCACAACUGGAGGCUAAUG